AUGCCAGACAUUUCCAUUAUCCUACUAGGCAACUAUGCUCCUGAUCAAGUUAUUCACGCCCGCCUUCUCUUCAUGAGAAUGGAACAAGUUCCUGGAGGACAUCACCUCCAGAUUUUGCAGUUCCGAUUCACUAUUCCUUUCCGCCAAGCCGACUUCUGCUCGCUGGACCAGAGUGAUGUAAUGUGCUCCGAGACACACUGCUACUACCUUAUGAACUUGAAAGUGGGAGCAUUCUUUGAGACCGCUCAAAAUAUUCUAAUGAUAAGAUGGCUAUUUUCAUGA